CCACCCGAAGAGGAGCGGUGGGGUUGGGCGAUAAACAGGCCGUGGCUAGGGAAGAGGGGGAGGGGGCGUCCGCUCCUCCCGGACUUAUGUCUUGUUCUUCCUUUAGGUGUGGUUUGGUCCAGACACGAGAUCCCGGUGGGUGGCUUUUGCCUACUCCCUUGUGAAAGGGGAAAGCAGCUCCUACGUAAAGGAGAACGCGGGUUCUGUGAAGAGACGUAGGGAAGAUUCAAUUCCGAGAAGAGGAAGAGCCCGUUUGAAAGGGAGCCGGGCCGCUGAGGGGUAGGGGGCUGCCAAGAUGGCGUCGGCCUCUUCUGGGCCGUCGACGGUCGGGUUUUCAUCUUUUGAUCCUGGGGUCCCUCCCUGUGCCUCGUUCUCAGGUUUCAACUUUCUGUGCUGUGGGGUCAACCGUAAGAGAGCACCAUCUGGAAUCAAGAGACCCCUGGCAUCUGAGGUGCAUUAUGCCUCUGGCAUGACCAUCAAGAAAAUAGGCCACAGAAGUGUUGAUUCCUCAGGAGAGACAACAUAUAAAAAGACAACCUCAUCAGCCUUGAAAGGUGCCAUCCAGUUAGGCAUUACUCACACUGUGGGGAGCCUGAGUACCAAACCAGAGCGGGAUGUCCUCAUGCAAGACUUCUACGUGGUAGAGAGUAUCUUCUUCCCCAGUGAAGGGAGCAACCUGACCCCUGCUCAUCACUACAAUGACUUCCGUUUCAAGACCUAUGCACCUGUUGCCUUCCGUUACUUUCGGGAACUAUUUGGCAUCCGGCCUGAUGAUUAUUUGUGCUCCCUUUGCAGUGAGCCACUGAUUGAACUCUGCAGCUCUGGAGCUAGUGGUUCCCUCUUCUAUGUGUCCAGUGAUGACGAAUUCAUCAUUAAGACAGUCCAGCAUAAAGAGGCAGAAUUUCUGCAGAAACUUCUUCCAGGAUACUACAUGAACCUCAACCAGAACCCUCGGACUUUGCUGCCUAAAUUCUAUGGACUUUACUGUGUGCAGGCGGGUGGCAAGAACAUUCGAAUUGUGGUGAUGAACAAUCUCUUACCACGGUCAGUCAAAAUGCAUAUCAAAUAUGACCUUAAGGGCUCAACCUACAAACGGCGGGCUUCCCAAAAAGAGCGAGAGAAGCUUCUCCCAACCUUUAAAGACCUGGACUUUUUACAAGACAUCCCUGAUGGUCUUUUUUUGGAUGCCGACAUGUACAGUGCUCUGUGUAAGACCCUGCAGCGUGACUGUUUGGUGCUGCAGAGCUUCAAGAUAAUGGACUAUAGCCUCUUGAUGUCAAUCCACAACAUAGAUCAUGCACAACGUGAGCCCUUAAGCAGUGAAACACAAUACUCAGUCGACACUCGCAGACCAGCCCCCCAAAAGGCUCUCUAUUCUACAGCCAUGGAAUCCAUCCAGGGCGAGGCUCGAAGGGGUGGCACCAUGGAGACUGAUGACCAUAUGGGUGGCAUUCCUGCCCGGAAUAGUAAAGGGGAAAGGCUCCUGCUUUAUAUUGGCAUCAUUGAUAUUCUGCAGUCCUACAGGUUUGUUAAGAAGUUGGAACACUCUUGGAAAGCACUGGUACAUGAUGGGGAUACCGUGUCAGUGCAUCGCCCAGGCUUCUAUGCUGAACGGUUCCAGCGCUUCAUGUGCAACACAGUGUUCAAGAAGAUCCCCUUGAAGCCUUCUCCUUCCAAAAAGUUUCGCUCUGGCUCAUCUUUCUCUCGGCGAUCAGGCCCCAGCGGUAACUCCUGCAUUACUUACCAGUCAUCGGUCUCUGGGGAACACAAGGCACAAGUGACAACAAAGGCGGAAGUGGAGCCAGGCGUCCACCUCGGUCGUCCUGAUGUUUUACCUCAAACUCCACCUUUGGAGGAAAUCAGUGAGGGCUCGCCUAUUCCUGACCCCAGUUUCUCACAUGUAGUUGGAGAGACUUUGCAAAUGCUAACUACAAGUUCAACCUUGGAAAAGCUUGAAGUUGCAGAGUCAGAGUUCACCCAUUGAGCAAAAAGCCUCAGAAGACCUGGAACAAGAUUCUGCUGUCUCUGUGAUUCCAAGAUGUCAGCCCUUGCCCCAGCAAUGCUGAGUCUUCUUCUUCUGGGUCGUCAAAAAAGGAAUGUAACAGAGGUGAAGGGAGCUCUCCAUCUCCUUCCCGAAGCAGAACCUCUUCUCCUUCUCCUUCUUCUUGAAUGGGCAUCAGUGUCUCAGACAUCCCCUCCACUGCAGAGUUGGGUGGCA